AUGGCGCCCCCGCAGCAGCAGCAGCAGCAGCAGCACGUAUGUAGGGCCUACGGCAGUGCAUUCAACAUUCUUAUUGGGGACAACAGUAAUAUACAUCGUACAACACCACAACGAAUCAUCAGUGAUGUAUCAGACAUCACAGCAUCACUGUCUCCUCGCUUUAUAAAAUUUCCUACAAGAGAAGAAGUGCGUUCCGUGAUGUAUGGUUUUAGUCAAUUGGAGCGAUUCCCUGGCGUUCUUGGUACCUUGGAUUGUACCCAUAUACGAAUUCAGUCUCCUGGAGGACAUAAUGCUGAAGUUUUCCGCAAUAGGAAAUCAUAUUUUUCCUUUAACUGUCAAACCAUUAGCGAUCACAAUUUGUUAAUAAGAGAUAUUGUCGCUCGAUGGACAGGCUCUGUGCACGAAAGUACCAUAUUUCUCAACUGCGCUCGCAGAGCUCAAUUUGAAAACGGAGAAAUACCACAAGCUCACUUAUUGGGAGAUAGUGGUUAUGCAUUUAAAUCCUACUUGUUAACUCCACUUUUAAAUCCACAAAAUGAAGCAGAGCAUCGAUAUAACAGAAACACUGUUGAGAGAAAAUACGGUAUGUGGAAGAGAAGAUUUCCCAUAUUAUCUGUAGGAAUAAGAUGUAAUCCACAGGAAGCAAUGUCAGUCAUUGUGGGUACGGCUGUCUUGCAUAAUAUUGCGAGGAGUACAAGCAGUGAAGAACCACCAGAAGAUCCUGAAAUUUCUCGACUUUUAAAUCAGUUACGUGAUGAGAGAGGCCCCAACAUUGAAGACAACGAACCAGUGCUACCUGGACAGCAGAUUUAUCGUGAUGAUACAUUACCUGGAAGAGCAGUUCGCCGUGCUAUAAUUAAUGAACAUUUCGCGAUAAUCUAA